CUCCUCCUCUAAUGCUAAAACACCCACAUUGUAACGUGCGGAAGAUUACAGAAUUGUGCUCGUUCAGUCCUUUAAAGGUGAAAUCGAGAAUAGGGAGGACUACAACUACGCCCGGCCUUUCUCAUCAGAGUCGAGGACGUUUGCAGCAGCUCAGUCGGGACGGACAUGGCGUCUGCCAGCCCCUGCGUCGUGAUCAGUGAUGAGGAGCAAGGUUAUGACCUGGACCUUUUCUGUAUACCAAAACAUUAUGCGUCUGACCUGGAGCGGGUUUAUAUUCCACAUGGACUCAUCAUGGACAGAACCGAACGUCUCGCUAGAGAUAUCAUGAAGGACAUGGGCGGGCAUCAUAUCGUGGCUUUGUGUGUGCUCAAAGGCGGCUACAAGUUUUUCGCUGACCUGCUAGAUUACAUCAAAGCCCUUAAUCGCAACAGCGAUCGAUCCAUUCCUAUGACAGUGGACUUCAUCCGCCUCAAGAGUUACCAAAACGACCAAUCUACAGGUGACAUCAAAGUGAUUGGCGGAGAUGAUCUGUCCACGCUUACAGGAAAGAAUGUAUUGAUUGUUGAGGACAUCAUUGAUACUGGGAAGACAAUGAAGACCCUGCUAGAACUUCUGAAGCAAUAUAAUCCAAAAAUGGUUAAAGUUGCCAGUUUGUUGGUGAAGAGGACACCAAGGAGUGUUGGCUACAGACCAGACUUUGUAGGAUUUGAGGUACCUGACAAAUUUGUGGUUGGAUAUGCACUUGACUACAAUGAGUACUUUAGGGAUUUAAAUCACAUCUGUGUCAUCAGUGAAACAGGAAAGGAGAAGUACAAAGCAUGAGAAGCCCUGAACUUCCCCCUCUAGCUGUGUAUCAUUUGUUUUUAAAUAUAUGUUUUUCAUUUUAUAUCCAUUUUUGUAUUUUUCAGUAGCACAGCUCACCGUAGGUUAGCAGGUCCUCCGCUCAGGGUCUCUGGUGAGGUGUGUGCUGUCAAUCAAUGCACCUUACAUUUACAUUUACUUAUACCUCCACAGGCACCCCUUAAACACACACACAUUAGUAACCACAAAUGCUUCGCAGUUCAGUCUCUCAGAACAGAGGUCUUCAGACUGCAGCUCUUCAUUACAGUGGGUGUUUUAAAAACAACUGUUUAUGUGAUGGCCAGAUUUCCUUUAAUUUAUUAUGACUUUUUUUGUGCAAGACAUUCAUGUUUCCCAAAGACAGUAAUGUGAACCUUGAUUUUACUGAUUAAAAUAAGUGAGGAUUGUGGUUAUAUAAAAUAUAUUGAAUGCUUUUACAUGUGAAUGUACUUGAGCAUCAGGGCAACCUGGUUUUCCAAUCAUAUUUCAAAUUUAUCAACAUUUUAAAGCCAAAUACCACCUUUUUGUUUUAAUUUUGGUUUUUUUUUUGUUAAUUUGUGUUUGUUUAAUUCUCCUGUCAAGAUAUUUAUUUGUGUCCACUUACUGUAAUCUUGGUUACUAAGUAUAUUAAUGAGACUGAAAUGGGGAAAUAAAUCUUAUGGUGCCUUAUAUGGUAAUUUGUAGGGUUAGCUACAAUACCAUAUAAAUACGGUAUGAAAAUGAAUGAAAAACUGAUGAAAAAUGUUAAAAUGACCUCACCAUUGUUCAGCCGCCUGUCAAUCUGACAUUUGAUUAAAUUAUUCAAAGAAUUUUAA